AUGGCCUUCAACUUCAACUGGUCGCCGCUAACCGCGGAUGCCGACUUCUACCGUCGUGCGCGCGACCUUUUAACCAAGGCUCUAAACAAGAGUCCAAAGCCGCCUAUUAUUGUCGAUGAUAUUCUUGUCAGCGAAUUCAACCUUGGGACCGUACCCCCUGAUCUUGAAAUAUUGGAAAUUGGUGAUCUUGCGGAGGAUAGGUUCCGGGGCAUCUUCAAAAUGACAUAUUCUGGUGAUGCGUUCCUGACCCUCAAGACAAGAGUUCAAGCAAAUCCUUUGAAUACGUAUCUCUACUCUAAACCGACUUUCACAUCUCCUCAACCGUUGGCCGCCGCUUCUGGCCUAACCAUUCCACUCUCGAUCACAUUGUCUGAUUUCAAGCUUUCUGCUUUUAUUAUACUGGUAUUCUCAAAACAAAAAGGGCUGACCCUCGUCUUCCGAAAUGACCCGCUCGAAUCCCUCAAGGUAUCCUCUACCUUCGACUCGAUACAGUUCGUUCGUGAUUACUUGCAGAGAACAAUUGAGCAACAACUACGCAACUUGAUGAUGGAUGAAUUACCGGCAAUUAUUCACCGACUGUCUCUUCAAUUGUGGUGUCCAGAUCAGGCCAACAAGGGUACCGAAACACCAGCUGAGAAAGAAGACGAAGCUAGUGUUGACCCUCUAGCCAGCCCUCCCUUGGAUCCCGUGGAUGCCAAUGGCAAUCUUCUCGACCCCAAUGCUAUUUCUGAGCUCACAUUGAAUGGAAGUGGAGAAGUCCAAUCACUGUUUUCUCAAAAGAAUUUGUUGCGUCUUGCCGCCUUGACCGAUUCGCAUCGUACCUUAUCACUCUUCACUCCUGGUAUUCGAGAUGUCGUCUUCCGUGCUUGGACAGGUUAUGGGGAACGAUCGGAAUCGUCUACGCCCCUGCUUUCGACACCCACUCUCACCAAGACCAUGUCAUUCCACGCAGGAAAUUCGACAACAUACACUUUUUCAGAUACAGCGAGCAACGCACACGGCCACCUCCCAUCUCGCCCUUCACUCAUUAGUAUGAAUUCGGCAACGAAUGGGAGAUCGCUUGGGGCGGGUCGAUCACGGACAGGGCGCAAGAAGAAGACACGCGUGGUGAAUUUGAGACGUACCAAAUCAGAAGUUAACACCCCAGAGACUGGCAGUGAAGCGUCAGAUACGGCAUCUGUGGACGUCCCUCUAUCUGAGCCCACGAUUGAGGAAUCGAUUCCUGAGGAGACUGAGUCGUCUAUCAUUGCCGAGGCAUCCACGCCGAAUAAAGUUCGCUUUAGAAGCGCGGGUGAGGCAGGACGUCCCUUAGUCAUGGCCACUCUUGAGGAAGCUCGAAGGUUGGGCUCCCCGCUCAAGAACGCCGUUCAAACUUCAGAACCCCAGGACUAUCCAUCGAUCGCUUCUAUCACUUCUGAACUGAAGUCUGAGAAGAGCAAAUCUCCUGGAUUGGAAAACCAAAGCAUUAGCUCAGAGACUUCUUCUGUCAUCCUUGAACAAGCUUGGAUUAUGAAGAUGGCUGGCGAAAUUGCCAAGCGAGUUUAUGACGAGAAGAACAGGCAACGUAGCCCUUGGGAUGAGCGUGAGGACGCACCACCACCAGCAUACGAAGCUGCUACUCAGUAG